AUUUUUGUAGUCCUGGCACUUGCUAUGUACACCAGGCUGGCCUCGAAUUCGCAGAGAUCCGCCUGCCUCUCCAUCCGAGGGCUGGGAUUAAAGGCGUGCGCCACCACCGCCCUGCUUUUAAAAUUACAGAUAUUAUUUUACGGUCCGUAGGUCCUAGAGAAUGAAGAUCUGAAUGCAAGGCCAUGGCUAAACACCUGAAGUUCAUUGCCAGGACUGUGAUGGUUCAGGACGGGAACGUGGAAGGUGCAUACAGGACCCUGACCAGAAUCCUCGCUACUGAUGGGCUUACCGAAGUCAUAAAUCGAAGGCGCUAUUAUGAGAAACCCUGCCGCCGCCGCCAGCGGGAGAGCUAUGAAACAUGCCGGAGGAUCUACAACAUGGAGAUGGCUCGAAAGAUUAACUUCUUGAUGCGGAAGAACCGGGCAGAUCCGUGGCAGGGCAGCUAAGGCCUGCGGAUGGAUAGAAGGCCUCCAUUAAUGCUAUGUCUUUUCUUCAUCCAACCCCAUUCUCUGUUACCUUUCUCUUCAGUAAACUCAAUCACACAGGAACAAGAAGGCUUAAACAUAUAGAAGCUAUCUCAUCAGUCCACAAUGGACACUUUUAUUUAAAAAAUUAAUCAAAAAAUGGAAUAGGAGCAGAAAUACUGGUUGCCAGUAAGAAGGGCCAAUCAGUAGUUAUGUAAUGGGUAAAGUUUCUGUUUAUAAAGAUUUGUAAAAGUUCUAGAAACCAUGGUGACAAAAAUGUGUAUAUUAAGCAAUUAAGAGAGCUUGCUCCUUUAUAGAGGGCCUUGGUUUGGUUCCAACACCUACUGGCUGGCUCACAAGGUCUUUAACUUCAGUUCCAGGGGAUUUCUCGUCACCUGGCCUCUGGAAGUACGUAGUACACAUACUCAAAACUUUUUUUUUUUUUUUUUUGUCUUU